AGAUCAGAAAGGGGAAUACCGAAAUCGCCGGGUCCGAAAGGAACCUUCAGGCCUCUCCCAAUCCGCCCCGGGCUCCGAAUCCGCCCACCUCAGCCUCCAGCCUAUAAAAUGCGAGGUUGGCGGGUUGUGCUUUGUUAAGUGCCCCGGCGGCGGACGAGGAGAAGUUCGACCAGCGAGAAUACUUCGUCAUGGCACCUAUUGGAGGGAGCUCUAAAGCAAAGAAGGGUAUUUUAGAACGGCUAGAUGCUGGAGAAAUUGUGAUUGGUGAUGGAGGAUUUGUCAUUGCUCUUGAAAAGAGAGGUUAUGUAAAAGCUGGACCUUGGACUCCUGAAGCUACAGUGGAAAACCCUGAAGCAGUUCGUCAGCUUCAUCGAGAAUUCCUCAGGGCUGGAGCAAAUGUUUUACAGACAUUCAGCUUUUAUGCCAGUGAUGAUAAAUUAGAGAACAGAGGAAACUAUGCUGCUGAUAAAUUUUCUGGCCAGAAAAUAAAUGAAGCUGCUUGUGACAUUGCGAAAGAAGUUGCUCAAGAAGGUGAUGCUUUGGUGGCUGGAGGUGUUAGUCAAACACCUUCAUACUUAAGCAGCAGGAGUAAAACAGAAGUGAAAGCAAUCUUUCGAAAGCAAUUGCAAGUUUUUAUCAAAAAAGAGGUGGAUUUCUUGAUUGCAGAGUAUUUUGAACAUGUUGAAGAAGCCACAUGGGCAGUUGAAACUUUAAAAGAAUCUGGGUUGCCAGUUGCAGUUACUCUGUGCAUUGGCCCAGAAGGAGACAUGGAUGGUGUACCACCAGGAGAAUGUGCUGUUCGACUAGUUAAUGCUGGGGCUUCUAUUGUUGGAGUAAACUGCCACUUUGAUCCAGCUAUUUGUCUUAGAACUAUAAAACUCAUGAAGGAAGGUUUGGCAGCUGCAAAACUAAAAGCACACCUGAUGUCACAGCCACUUGCUUUUCAUACCCCCGAUUGUGGGAAGCAGGGUUUCAUUGAUCUACCAGAGUUUCCUUUUGCUUUGGAGCCAAGAAUUUUAACCCGAUGGGAUGUUCACAAAUAUGCAAGAGAAGCUUACAAUUUAGGGAUCAGAUAUAUUGGAGGAUGCUGUGGAUUUGAACCAUAUCAUAUCAGAGCAAUUGCUGAGGAGCUGGCCCCAGAAAAGGGUUUUUUACCCCGUGCAUCUGAAAAACAUGGUAGCUGGGGGAGUGAUUUGAGUAUGCAUACUAAACCCUGGGUUAGAGCAAGGGCUAGAAAAGAGUACUGGGAGAAUAUGUUACCUGCUUCAGGUCGGCCAUAUUGUCCCUCACUGGCAAAGCCAGAUGAUUGGGAAGUGACCAAGGGCGAUCUGAUACAGCAGAAAGAAGCAACAACUGAACAACAGCUGAAAGAGCUUUUCAAGAAACAAACAUUCAAAUUCAAAACUGUACCUUAAAAUUAGCAGCAAUUUAAAUAAAAAUUACAAUCAUUAUUAAAUGAAGAGAUGAUACAGGCAAAUGUAAUUCAUAGAUCUCAAACAUUAUCUACUGUUCCCCCACAUGGUUAUGAGGAAAAGAUUCCUCAUCUUUGAUCCUAUUGAAAUAAUUUUAUUAAAUACUGUAGGACCGUCCAAUUGAAAGAAAGCAGAUAAGAUAUCCUAGCUAAGCUAGUAAAGUGUUUUUUUAAACUCUGCUGGCUCACUGCAAUUAGAAACUGUAUAAGGCCAAAUUCUGAUCAUCUUUCUUUUGGUUCCAGUGUUGUAGUUUUGAGAUUUCCAUAGAAGCACAACACAGUCAUGCAGAUUCCUGAUUACUCUGACAUACCACCACCCCACCAGUACCCAGCUUUGGCCAUUUCUGCCAGGGGUUCCAUAGAUGAGUCAUGCUUGUGGAACCUGUAAAAAUUCCAUUAUAUAAAAGGAUUGUUUCUUCAAUGGCAAUUGCUGGCUCCAGAUUUGUGCUUUUAAGUCACACUGCAUUCAGUUACAUUUCCUCGGCAAAGCCUGGGUUUAGAUUGUAGGCAAAGUAUGAGUGCAUUUUAGGUUAGAUACAAUUUAGCUUCAGCUGGGUUGCUAACAUAAUUUUGGGGGUUGGAGCUUUUAUGUGGAGCAAUGUUUAGCAAAAUACCAAGGUACUAAACACUUAAAAAACAGGUAUGUUUUCAGUCUCUGAUGUUUUCAGUCAACCAUCCUCUGACAGAUAAAACAUAUGUUGCCCAUUCAGGAAGCCAAAUAGGAAAACUUAUUCCUACAAUAAUGAUUUUUUAAACUUACUUGUUUGCUUUACAUUUAAGCAGAGCCAUAUUAAAUUUUGGUGCUGUUUUCUUGUUUGGGCAGAGGAUUCCUAUACUGUAUUUUAGGGCAGAUGUACAAAUACUAUUCCUGAUUUAGAUGCUCUUAAAAUUAUGUGUUUAUAGUUUAAGCAGUUCACUCUUCUGAUAUGGACAAAUAAAAUUAAUAAAACAAAAAUUAUUGCCA